GGUUUUGUCUAGUAUCAUGCAUACACCGGCUCUUAUGUUCUCCAUUGGUCGCAUGUGUGCUGAAUAGAAGGAAACGUCUGCACUGGGGCAGGAAAAAACAGCCCUGCAGUAUUUGGGCAUGGUCGCUAUCCGAUUGACCUGACAACAGUUUCAUGAGUGGCUGUAUUUUUAAAAUGGGCAAAAUAUCUUGAACGUUUAGACGUGGCCGAAUUGGGCGCUUGCGUGAGCUUCAAAUCAGGAGUGAUCUGAAUGAGGUUUGUCACUCCAGCGUGGUUGAGACAUGGCAGAAGAUCCGCUGAAGACCGAAGCCUCGGCUGGGGAGGGGGAGACGGAGCCCAGCAUGCUGCUGCAGAAACUAAAGAGCAACAUUUCUAAAAAUGUGCAAGGCAAAGUGGACAAAAUUUUGGAAGAUGUGCAGCGUUUCUCUGACAAUGAUAAGCUCUACCUUUAUCUACAGCUACCCUCAGGUCCAAGUGCAGGAGAGAAGAGUGGUGAUUCAAACUCGGUCAACACGGCAGAUCAGCUUCACACCUGCAACUGGAUUCGUAGCCACUUGGAAGAACAUCCUGACACCUGCCUGCCUAAACAAGAUGUUUACGAGACAUACCGGAAGCACUGUGACAACCUACAGCAUCGGCCUCUAAGUGCAGCAAACUUUGGCAAAAUCAUCCGCGACAUCUUCCCUAACAUUAAAGCACGAAGAUUGGGUGGAAGAGGACAAUCCAAAUACUGCUAUAGUGGAAUCCGUAGGAAAACCGUACUAAACAUGCCAUUACUGCCCAACCUUGACCUCAAGAAUGACCCGUCUGAACUGACAGAACUGGUGCAAACCUACAAGCAAGAAGUCACCGAAGCCGCUUGCGAGCUCAUAUGUGACUGGGCUCAGAAGAUCCUGAAGCGCUCUUUCGACACGGUGGUGGAGAUUGCACGCUUCCUCGUACAAGAGCACAUAGUUAACCCACGCUGCAGUCAAGCCGAGCUUGUCACUUCAGCUGCUCUGGCAGGAGGACCUUCUAAACCUCAUAAAGUGAUCAAAAAGCUAUCGACAGCAUCCCGUACAGGAGCAGAAGAAGAUGGUGGUGUGGAUAUUAAGCAGAAAGAGAAAGAUGGCAUGGAACAACCUCCAACUAACAAACAACAGGCCACUGAUAAACCAACCAACAAGGUGGAGUCUGCUCGUGUGGAGGCCUACAUGAAGAAACUGCCUCAGCUUCUUCCCAGAGGCCACUUACCUGAGAAAACAUCCCCACCGUGUCUCGCAUCUGCCACUUUCCCCCUUGCUUAUUCAACUAUACCGCCACAACCAGGCAGCACGGUCCCGCUCAUGAUUCUGCCAUCGAGCAUGAGUCUUUCAUACCCAGAACGUGAGAAGACAUCGGUCACGGUCACCACAUCCGCCGCUCCGACUUCGGUCGUCCAGAGAGCCCGACCGAGCGCUCCUAAGCGGGGCCCUGAUCCCUCAACGUCAGCCCCCGGGUCAGUCGGCGUUCCCGCUAAACGAAAACGAGGACGACCCCGGAAGCAAAGACCGGAAGACGUCGCGCCACAAGUCCAGCCGACCCAACCGUUGAAUCCUAAUCCUGCUUUACUCACGAGAGGAGUGAUCCAAAAGGCCUUGCCCUCCGCAACUUCUUCACAGUUACUGGAAAUCGUGAUCCAGGACCAGCAUUCGAGCUUAAUGCUUGGCCAACUUCCUGCCGUCCAGGAAGUGACAGACGCUGAACGUAGGGGUGUGGUGGUGCCAUGUCAGCCUGCCCCAGUCCUGGAAAAUCAGCAACCCAUCAUGCUACUGCCCGGGCCUAACCAACCCAGUUACGAAUUGAGCCGCGGUGUGGUCAUCCAGCGAGCACCGCUGUCUAGAGAAGGAAGGCCGCCUACUCAAGAAACUGGUUUGUACCUCCCGCCACCGACACUGUUAGAGGACAGAGGAGAAGUGGAAAUAACUUUGACUCCCGUGGAGCCACAAGUUGAUUCAUUUGGCUCCUCGUGUGGAGAAACCCUAAAACCGGAUGCUCCGUAGUAGCAGCACACCAGCCAUCCACAGAGAUAUGCAUUUUCUUUCCAGAGAUUUGGUGAAUUGCAUACUCGGUUACAAACUGAAGUUCACCGUUUUGGCCGAGAUUAAUCUGCUUUUUGUAGGGUGUCUAAUGAUGUUGAGUACAUCCGUCAUUGUUGCAGUGGCAACAAACGCCUUUAAACCGCAACUACACUCUCAAUAUUACCGUACGCUAAUAUUAUUAGCGUAAAACGUUUGUUGAUUUUAGGAGUAAAUUCGUUUUCAAAGUGUGUCGUUUCAAACAGAAAAGUAAUGAUUGUUAUCAAGUGUCAAACACUCCCUGUAUCGCCCAUCGGUUGGACAAAGUCCUACCUGUGGUGCAGAAAAUCACACUUUACCUUUAAGAGAUUACAUAUUGUAUAUUCAAGUGGCCUAAACCUUACAUAACAAAAGAUUUGAAAGUUGAAGUUUAUCGUAUUACAGUAAAAUUGUAAAAUGACAUAAAUCCGGUAGACAUGCUCAUAAAUAACUGACAUUAAUAGGAGUGCCAUCGAAAAAAGGAACUGCUUACCGUAUGUUGGUGCUGUUGUCCCCAGUGCCAAAAUUAAGCAGUCGGUCUUUUAUUGCUCUAACCGUCUUUGCAUGUUCGUGUUUGUAAACAUGAAUCGAGACAUUCGAGUGUUUUUCUAGUUGUUCAGAUGACAAAGAGUGAUAUUACGGGUUUGUAACUUCAGGGUUCUUAAAGCUUACGACCACCAGAAGUCCCUCCCUCACCCAAAGAUUGGGUAGUAAUAGUUUUUACUAUGAUUUAUGUCGUAUAUAACAGAUAUAUGAAACUUCUAAAUUACUACAAGGAGUUGUGAAGGUAUAAAAGAAAUGCAGUCUUAAAAAUAAAGGUGCUUUACACCUUCACAGCGAUGCCAUAGAAGAACCAUUUUGAAGGUUCUUCAGAUGGUAAAUUUAGCCAAAAAAUAGUUUGACUAUGGCACCGUGAAGCUUCUUUAAUUUUUUAAGAGUGCACUCUUUUUGUUAUGUGUAAAACGAAGACCUCAUAAGUCCCUUUAAAAUAUGCAAAUGAGGCCGUGAUUUUAAGAUUCUUCUCAAAAGCCCCCGUGUCGAGGUCUGACCCGUCGACUCUUGCAGCAACAAAAAUGAGCACUUAACGUAUGUAAAUAGUUUAUCAGUUAGCCUAAAAGGAUAUCAGCAUAAGAAAAGCGUACUAGAAAGAUUUUAAAAGUCUUUUAUUUUCCAAAUGUUGCAGAUGUACAGCCAUCGUCACAUCAUAAUAUUGCUACUAUGAAAUAUUAUUAUUAUUAUUAGUUAUUAGUAAAGUGUGCACUGGCACCCUAAAAGCAUGUGCAAAAUAAUUAGCAGUAAGAUAAAUUUAUGAAAUUUGAUUAUAUUCAAACUACUAAAUAUUUAUUUAUGCAAAUUUUACGGAGAUUGAGCCUCAACGACCUGUUUUGAGUUGAUUUUAAAGGAGAAUUCUCCCUUUUGUGUUUUUAGAGCUUUAAGCGUUCAUAUUAGUAGUUUGUGUUUUAAACAAUUGUAGCAAAAAAGUCGACACGCUUACUUAUGUUACCUUCUUUUUAUGUACUUGCACUGCUUUUAAAAAUGUGAGAAAACACAUUCAUUUGUGAUUUCGUACUAAAUGAUUGAAUUCAUUUGAAGCCGCUGAAAUGUCCUUUACAUUUAAAGGGUUCAACCGGCUACAAAAUGAUAAAAAACUGAAUUCUCCUUUAAAGUAUUAUUAAGCAGAUUUCAGCUCAACAAAGGCUGUUGAUGGUUAAAAGAUGUUUAACAGGCACUUAACAAAGAAAGCCACUCUGAUUAUUUACAAAGAGAUUUAAAGUCAGAUGUUAAUAUUUAUUGAAAAAAUUUAGUAAAAUAUGUGAGAUGGUAAAUGAGUAUGAGUGAUCAUUUUACUAUUGACGGUGCUUUAAAGAAGGCUAAACGGGUUUAAUGUCCGCUGGUUGAUGGUGCUGAUGGGUAGAUUACUUUGAGUUCCUGUAAAUGAGAAGCCGAACUUGUGAAAUAAAUGUGCUGUAUAGGCCACACCUACAAUCCAAUAGAUUCUAUGUUUAAUACGUGUGGCUGUUUUUACAGUACAGUAUUUUGGGAAAAAACAUUAAAUGAAUUCCCUUUCAUAAUGAA